AUGUCUGCUCCACACGGGCCCCGGGGCGGCCCUGGCCCUGCCGCCGCUCCUGCUGCCUCAGCGGCCGGCGCCAUGCCGGAGAUGCCGGACCUGAGCCACCUCACCGAGGAUGAGAGGAAGAUCAUCCUCGGUGUCAUGGACCGACAGAAGAAGGAGGACGCGAAGGAGCAGUCGAUGUUAAAGAUCAAAGAAGAACCAAAGCCUCAGCCCGCACAGUGGUUUCCCUUUAGUGGGAUCACUGAGCUGGUAAAUAACGUCCUUCAGCCCCAGCAAAAGUCCCAAAAUGACAAGGAGCCAGAGCCAGACGCGAAGUUGCACCAGCAGUUUGAGUCGUACAAGGACCAGGUUAAGAUGAUGGGGGAGGAGACCAAGCCGACCCAGGAACUGAAGAGCGAAGCCCCAACCUGCGGGAUAUGCCACAAAACCAAGUUUGCCGAUGGCUGUGGCCACCUCUGUUCAUAUUGCCAAACGAAAUUCUGUGCUCGGUGCGGAGGACGAGUGUCUCUGCGGUCAAAUAAGGAGGACAAAGUGGUUAUGUGGGUAUGCAACUUGUGCCGAAAACAACAAGAAAUCCUCACCAAAUCGGGGGCGUGGUUCUACGGCUCGGGGCCUGGUCAGGUGCGGGGCGUGUUUGAGGGCGGGCCGCAGGGGAAGAAGGCCAAACUGCAGGACCCGUCCCUGUACCCAUACCAGGGAGCCUCAGGAGACUUGACACCAGCGUCAGACAGAAGCAGACCUCACAGCGGGCUCCUGCCCAGACAGGCGUCCCUUGACAACGGAUCGGGGCUGAGGUACUCAGCUCCCGGCGACGCACCCAUAGACAGGAAACGAAGUCCAUCUGCAUCCAGGGAUCCAAACCAAAAAUACGACCAAAGGGAGGGGGGCGACCACUCACAGUAUGCCCCGACGGACGGCGGCAUGCCCAGAUCACCGUCUGACUAUGGGGAUGGGGACCAUCGGCGGGCUCCGCGGGGCCCACACAUGUACCCAGACGCGGAUGCGGCGCGGAUGGGCUACCGGGACCGGCGGGGCCCCGGGCGCUGGCACUCCCAGGAAUACCCGCUGGACCAGGAGCUAGAUGGGCCGCCCAGCGAGUACGACCUGCAGCGGCAGCGCCAGGAGGAGUUCCAGACACGUUACCGCAGCGACCCCAACCUGGCACGCUACCCUGUGAAGCCGCAGCCCUACGAGGAGCAGAUGAGGAUGCACGCCGAGGUGGGCCGCCUGAGGCACGAGCGCCGCCAUAGUGACGUCUCACUAGCCUACACGGAGCAGGACGACCCGGGCCCUGUCCGGCUGUCCCGACAGCAUCUCACCGAGCGCCGGCCGCCUAUGGUGGGACAACGCUCUUACUCCGUCGACCGCUCCUCACCAGGGCCCAUGGGUCCCGGCCUCGGAGGCCACAGGACCUCCAACCACAGCCCCCCGACGCCGCACCGGAGCCCCGUGCUGGGUGACCGAUCCGGGGACCUGCGGAGGGGCGACAUGGGUAGCGGGGAUCCCAUGAGGAGGCAGCAGCACCACUUAGACCCCAGUUCGGCCGUCCGCAAGACCAAGAGGGAGAAGAUGGAGAGCAUGUUGAGGAAUGACUCACUCAGCUCGGACCAAUCGGAGUCUGUGCGCCCGCCACCCCCGAAGCCCCACAAAACCAAAAAGGGAGGAAAGAUGCGGCAGGUGUCGCUGAGCAGCUCGGAGGAGGAGCUGGCCACCACUCCAGAUUACACCAGCUGUGAGGACGUGGAGAUAGAGAGUGAGUCAGUCAGUGAGAAAGGGGACAGUCAAAGGGGAAAAAGAAAAACUAUUGAGCAGACAUUUAUGUCCGAGCCGACACACACCUUAUCUGAGAGGCAAAAGAAAAUGGUGCGCUUUGGGGGACACUCAUUUGAAGAGGACUUGGCAUGGUGUGAACCGCAGGUUAAAGACUCGGGAGUUGAUACGUGCAGUAGCACUACCCUAAACGAGGAGCAUAGCCAUAGUGAGAAGCACCCGGUGACGUGGCAGCCGUCCAAAGAUGGGGAUCGCCUAAUAGGGCGUAUUUUACUCAACAAGCGCAUGAAAGACGGAAGCGUGCCUCGAGACUCAGGAGCUCUGCUCGGUCUGAAGGUGGUGGGAGGCAAGAUGACAGAAUCUGGUAGACUUUGUGCUUUUAUCACUAAAGUGAGGAAAGGAAGUCUAGCAGACACUGUUGGACACCUCAGACCAGGUGACCAGGUGCUGGAGUGGAAUGGGAAGCUUUUACAAGGAGCCACAUUUAAAGAAGUUUACAAUAUCAUUCUAGAUUCUAAGCCUGAGCCGCAGGUGGAGCUGGUGGUCUCACGGCCUAUAGGAGAUAUUCCAAGGAUACCAGACAGCACACAUGCACAACUGGAAUCAAGUUCGAGUUCUUUUGAGUCUCAGAAGAUGGAUCGCCCGUCCAUCUCCGUCACGUCCCCCAUGAGUCCCAGCAUGCUGAGGGACGCCCCCCAGUACCUGUCAGGACAACUCUCAAGCCAAAGCCUUAGUAGAAGAACAACGCCUUUUUCCCCUAGGGUCCAGGUCAAACUCUGGUAUGACAAAGUGGGCCAUCAGCUAAUUGUCACCAUCCUGGGCGCCAAAGACCUGCCAGCCAGGGAAGACGGCCGGCCCAGGAACCCUUACGUCAAAAUCUACUUCCUCCCUGAUAGAAGUGACAAAAGCAAGAGGAGAACAAAAACAGUAAAGAAAUCCUUAGAGCCCAAAUGGAACCAGACCUUUAUGUAUUCGCCGGUGCACCGGCGGGAGUUUCGGGAGCGCAUGCUGGAGAUCACAUUGUGGGACCAAGCCAGGGUGAGGGAGGAGGAGAGCGAAUUCCUGGGAGAGAUCCUUAUUGAGCUGGAGACAGCUCUUCUGGACGACGAGCCGCACUGGUACAAGCUGCAAACCCACGACGUGUCCUCCAUCCCGCUCCCACGUGCCUCCCCGAACACACAGCGCAGGCAGCCCCAUGGAGAGAGUCCAACGCGACGGCUCCAGAACAAAGGCUCAUAUUCAUGCAACUCAGGGUCCCAGAGGAUAAGUGACAGUGAGAUCUCAGACUACGAUUGUGAAGAUGGUGUUGGGGUAAUAACAGACUACCGGCCGAAUGGCAGAGACUUCCAGAGCUCCACGUUGUCCGUCCCUGAGCAGGUGAUGUCGUCUAACCACUGCUCUCGGUCGGCUGACAUUAACCGGGCGCGGUCGCGCUCUCCCAGCGUUCCCCCACCCUCCAGCAGAAGUCUGGACCCAGCCUUUGACCUUAGGCCUUCUCAGUACAGCUCCUCCUCUAGAGUGGACCACCACAGUGUGUCCGAAGAUAACUACUCACCUGACAGCCGCAACCAUCGCGUGUAUCCAAUCUGCCGAGAGGAAGCGGUCAGGUUACUGCGUUCCACUAGGAUGGCCCGCGCCUAUUCUGACGGUGCCUACUCCUCCGACUAUGACUACGAGAGGAACCACGGAGCCAUGGAUAGACACGAGUAUCACAGCAGGUCCCGCUCUGCAGACCAGCGGCCCACUAUAGAGCGCCCCACAUCCCGCUCGCGCUCCACUGAACGCCCCCACGACUCUUCGCUCAUGAGGUCCAUGCCGUCUCUGCCAUCUGGGAGGUCCGCCCCCCCCUCACCUGCCUUGACGAGGGCGCAUCCUCGUAGUGGAUCAGUCCAGACCAGUCCCACCAGUACCCCAACGUCCAAUAGACGAGGACGGCAACUCCCACAGCUUCCACCCACGGGGAAAGAGAGAAAAGAUGGAGACGAAGGAACAGAGCCUAAUGAAGGUAUGGACAUGGAGGAGAGGACCAGGCAGAUGAAACUGAAGAUGAACAAGUACAAGCAGGGAGCAGGCUCCGACUCCAGACUGGAGCAGGACUACCCCAAGCGUUCAGGCAGAGAUCCACGGGGCUCAGAUAACUUGUCGGCCAAGUCGUCGGACAGUGAUGUAAGCGACGUGUCCGCUGUGUCGAGAACCAGUAGUGCCUCUCGGUUCAGCAGCACGAGCUACAUGUCUGUCCAAUCAGAAAGGCCGCAAGGAAACCGCAAAAUCCGCCAGUUGCAAUCAAGGAGCCACUCUCGGGAGGGGGAAGAGCAGUUAGGAGAAGUGCUAGAGGAGGAAGAGGCGGGUGUGGGAGGAGGAGGGGUGGAAAGGAAGAGGGGGAGCAAAGAGGGGAAAUCGCGGGCAGGGGGGGAGGUAGACACAGACAAGGAGCAUCGGGAGGAUUUGGUGGAGAAGGAAGAGGACUUGCACCAGAGGAGUAUCUCAGAGACUGACCUCAGUGACUUUGCAUCCAAAAUGAAAAACAGGCAGAUGGGCUCGUCGGGCGGCAUCAACAUGACCAAGAGCACAAGCGUCAGCGGCGACAUGUGUAACCUGGAGAAGACGGACGGCAGCCAGUCGGACACGGCGGUCGGCACGGUAGGCACCGACGACAAGAAGAGGCGCUCCAGCAUUGGUGCCAAAAUGCAGGCCAUGGUCGGCAUGUCGCGCAAGAGCCGGAGCACCUCUCAGCUCAGCCAAACAGAAGCGGGAGGUAAGAAGUUGCGCAGCACGAUCCAGAGGAGUACGGAGACGGGCCUGGCGGUGGAGAUGAGGAGCAGGAUGACUCGGCAGGCCAGCCGGGACUCCACGGACGGCAGCAUGAACAGCUACAGCUCCGAGGGAAAUCUCAUCUUCCCUGGUGUCAGGCUCUCCUCAGAUGCCCAGUUCAGUGACUUCCUGGAUGGUCUCGGUCCCGCUCAGCUGGUGGGACGACAGACGUUGGCUACUCCACCUAUGGGUGACAUCCAGAUCGGUAUGGUGGACAAGAAAGGAGCCCUGGAGGUGGAGAUCAUCAGAGCCCGUGGCCUUGUGGGAAAACCAGGUUCCAAGGCACUGCCAGCACCAUAUGUAAAGGUCUACCUUUUGGAAAACGGAGUCUGCAUAGCCAAAAAGAAAACAAAAGUAGCAAGAAAAACCUUGGAUCCUCUUUACCAGCAGCAACUGCCGUUUGAGGAGAGUCCAGGAGGGAAGGUUUUACAGGUCAUCGUUUGGGGCGACUAUGGACGCAUGGACCAUAAAUCAUUCAUGGGAGCAGUUCAGAUACUGUUAGAUGAGCUGGACCUGUCCAACAUGGUGAUUGGCUGGUUUAAGCUCUUUCCUCCUUCCUCACUGGUGGACCCUACUCUGGCCCCACUGACAAGAAGAGCUUCCCAAUCGUCACUGGACAGUUUCUCUCGAUCAUAG